AGACAAAAGAUGAAUGCCUCAGUGUGGCCUCCAUCACUCAUAAACUCCUCUCUUGCAUUCAUUAACCUCAGUGAGGAGUCAAGCAAGGCCAAACCAAGCGCUUCAGGAACAUGUGAGCAGGUCCACAUCGCCCCAGAGGUUUUCCUCACAUUGGGCCUGGUGAGCUUGCUGGAGAACAUCCUUGUUAUCCUCGCCAUCGUAAAAAACAAGAACCUUCACUCACCCAUGUACUUCUUCAUCUGCAGCCUGGCUGUGGCAGACAUGUUGGUGAGUGUCUCCAAUGCAUGGGAGACUAUAGUGAUCCACCUCCUGGCCAACAGAAGGUUAGUGGUGGAAGAUCACUUCAUCCGUCAGAUGGACAAUGUAUUCGAUUCUAUGAUCUGUAUUUCUGUGGUGGCAUCUAUGUGCAGCCUCCUGGCCAUUGCAGUUGACCGCUAUGUAACUAUUUUUUAUGCGCUCCGCUACCAUAACAUAAUGACUGUGAGGCGAGCAGCGCUGAUCAUUGGUUGCAUCUGGAGCUUCUGCACUGGCUGUGGGAUCAUCUUCAUUAUCUACUCGGACACCACGCCUGUGGUGGUAUGUUUGGUGGCCAUGUUCUUCGGCAUGCUGCUGCUGAUGGCCUCCCUCUACAGCCAUAUGUUCUUACUGGCACGUUCCCAUGUCAGGCGCAUGGCAGUGCUGCCGGGUUACAACGCCUCCAUCCAGCAGUGGGCCAGCAUGAAGGGGGCCAUUACCCUCACCAUCCUUCUGGGGAUAUUCAUUGUGUGCUGGGCACCGUUCUUCCUUCACCUUAUCCUUAUGAUCUCCUGCCCAAGGAAUCUGUACUGCAUCUGCUUCAUGUCCCACUUCAACAUGUACCUGAUCCUGAUCAUGUGCAACUCAGUGAUUGAUCCACUGAUCUACGCACUGAGGAGCCAGGAGAUGAGAAAGACCUUUAAGGAGAUCAUCUGCUGCUACAACUUGCGCAGCUUCUUUGUCUUCUCAAGUAAAUACUGA